AUGUCUGCGUGUAUGCUCCGAGCAUCUACGCGCACCCCUGCGAUUUUGUCAACCAAGCAUGCAGUUAUCGGCACUUUUUUUCGCUCCUUUUCGGAAGUGGUAAAAGAUGACGAGGCCGUUAAAGCUGCGGCCGCUGAGGAGACUCUCAUGACAAAGUUACGCGAGCAGCAGAUUGCUAAAGCCGAGCGUACCAUUUUGCCGUUCCACGCGACGGAAGAGUGCUUCCCGAAUAUCGAAAAGUCGCCGAUGCCGUACCCAGAAGAGGCCGCUAUCGUGUCCGGUACGGGGGAGUGGUCUGUGGGCCGCAAGGCUACGCUUUUGAAGCCAGCGCGCAAUCAGAUGCAGAGUGGGAUUCACCAGACCAAACACUGGGAGAUUCGCUUUGAAUCCCCACGUACGUGGGAGAACCCUCUCAUGGGAUGGACCAGUACAGCUGACCCGUACGUGGGCCUUGUGACCAAGUUUGACACCCAGGAGGAAGCUGAGCGCUUUGCUAAGAAGCAAGGAUGGGAGCUGGAGGUGUCUGAGCCUGCCCCGGCCGGUGACUACAAUGGCAAGAUCUCAUACUCGCACAACUUCCUGCCGGAGAAGAUUGAGACGCUCAUUAAGAUGAAGGGAAAGAAGUCGGCUGUGCAGUUCAAGCACCCCACUGGCCGUCGCAGCAACUGGGUGAAGACUCUUAAGUACCAUGGCAACGGCGUCGUGUCCCAGCACGGCGGUGAGGCCAAGGAGUGA